AUGUCAGUUGUCCUGUAUGUCAAUGUCGAUAUUGUAUCAAAUGCCUCGGAAAAGAUUGACAAACAAGUAACCCAACUUAUUGAUCGAAGUUGUAUCUCACGACAAAAGCGAACUGUCCACAGAGAAAUUAAUCCAAUGGGCGGAAAUUUCGAGGGGCUGGUUACAUUUAAGUCUUUUUGUGAUGAAAAGGACAAAUUCUAUGUUUACAAAAUCAAUGACAGUAGGGGCAAUCGGGACCAGCCAUCGUUUGUUUUUAAGACAAGCGAGUCAAAGCUACGUAUGGCUGACAGUAUGAACAAGGACAGUGGUGAUAGCUACCUGAAUGUAGAAUACUGUUUCUUUGACAGGAAACACAAACGCUGCUAUGACGUUGUAACCUUAACUGCAAGCAUAUACAAUCCAUUACUAAGGAAGCAGAUUCCCAUAGCAAUCAUGGACACCGAAUCAGAGAAUACCGAAUGUGUUACUUUGUUUUGGAACAUCUUUCAGGAAGCUCUGCGAAAGUGUCUUGGAAAAGAGGACGUGACUUUCAACCCAAUAGGAUGGUGCACAGACAUAGCAGGGGCAAAUAUGCAUGGCAUCAAGGACGUUUUCGGAAACGAAGCAUUAAGUAGAUAAAAUCAUGCGAAUUUCACUUUAAGAAAAAUGAGAAGACAAGACUGCUACACGGAGAGAUUGCUGACGAAUUUACAGGCAAAUGUGAAGGAUUGCUUCUUGCCCAGACAGUCGGUGGAUAAAACAAGGCAAUGGAAUAUUUGCAGGAGUUCAUACAGGCCUUCUCGAAUUGACCGUGAGUUCUUAAAGACUUGGUUGAAAUGGUGGGAUAACUGAAAGGUGUUUGUAUUUCGAGCUUUCACGCCUGUAUGAUCUAAAAUUAAUCAGGCAGAGGUUGUCCAUGCUAGUUGGGCUCAUCGAGAUUGGCCCAAUUUAUCCCUUCUAGAGGCAGCAAACAUCGAGACGUGCGAUAGCCUUCUUCUGGAAGAAGAAUUAAAAGAAUGCAGAGAAGGAACAAAGCCAACUGGAACAGAUCCAUCUUUGUCAGUAUGAAAUUUUCGACGAGAGCUUGACAAAGCUGUACGCUGCAGACGGGAAAUGCAUGAACUUGCUGAGAGAAUUACUGCUGAUUCAGGUCACCACCCCAAAGAGUAAGAACAAACAACAAAGUCAAAGAGAAAGAAAACAUAGAAGAAAUCGGUCACCCACGGAAGCAUGACACAAUGCUUAAAUUGUGAACUACAUGAUGAAACAUGCAAAAAUCAGUCAGGUAAUCUAAGUUCAGCACAAAUGCCACAAGUUUCAUCAGUGCAACGACCUCCACCUAUACCCCAGAGUUCCACACUGAUACCAAGACAAUUUGGGACAAUACCCUUAACUUGACAACCCCAUCCUGCUUGUCAGAAUUUAACGUUGACGCCAGUUAGAGCUCCACCACCCACUAGCCAACCCUAUAUUGUGACCCAAACGCCCAUGUCAGUAGAAAUCGUAUGGCUGGCUUAAGUCCUUAUGGCUAUCCACAUCAUUUUGGUCAGGUCCCAUUUUAUGAGGCAGGUAAUCUCAGCGCUCCACCACAACGACCACCAGUAUCAGGAAUUCAGUUUCCACUCCCCCAGGCACAUUACUGGCAUUCAGGCUUAUCGCCAUUUCAUUAAGAAGUCGUGGAAAUUCCUUCCAACGUAAGAAAAUGUUAUGGAUGUGGGAUGGAAUUCGCGUCUAGGCAUCAACAACAUCCAUUAAACUUAGUUGUCAAACAUGUUGACAGACGUCUAAUGCGAAAGGACAGCACUACAGGCGCGCUUAUAUACAGUGCAGAUUUUACAAAUACUUAUCACCUCGACCCCAAUCAUGUAAGACGUAAAAACCCUAUUUUUACUGGCAUUGCUUAUAUCUCUUCCAUCCUUAAUGCGUCACUGUCAGGUGCCCAAAAAGCUAUUUUAGAGAUACAGAUCUUGACAUUUUGUUUAAGGAUUAGUGAUUGCAUGAGCUGCAUGUUUACAGCCUGUCUCAAAACUUAAACAAUUUUCUUGACAUGAAUUAGGCAUGCAAGGGUACUAAUUCCCCCCGGCUAUUUACAUCCGGGGAAACAAAAGCAUUAGCAAAGUCUAAAGUUCAUCAAUGAUCGCGGGCAUGGCUCACUAACAGUGUUUGGGUGUUGGGAGGGUGGUCAUCUUCACUGAUGCCAAAAAAUAUGGUGAACUGUCAUGAAUAGCGGACACUGAUUGGUCCAAUUUAAAGUUUGCAUUAUAACGACUGCAUGACGACAGCGAAAUAGCAAACAUUUCUUGGUUUGAUAAAUGUUUUGCAAAUAUAUUUUAUUUUUGCUCACAUUUUUGCAAGAUUUUGUAAAUUUCAAAAGCUUUCUCAGAAUGAAAGGGCGAAAGAAUCGGCUAAAAGAAGGCAGCUGAUGUUAACAAAGGUAAGUUUGUUUUAAAUAUUGAUUUUAUAAUUGCUUUAAAAUCUGACUGCCUUUGGCCCUUUGCGUAUAUGAAACAACUAAACAAGACAGCAUAUAAUUUCAGUGUGUUAUUAAUAUUGAUUCCCUUUUUUAUUAUACUGAAUUUAAAUAAAAAGAAAGCAAAGUUAUUUGCAUGCGAGAAUUUGAAAUAAUUUUUAUCAUAUUGCAAACUCAAAGUUUAUCGAUAAAAGAUUAAAGCCAUUUAAAUAAAAGGUGAUGUAAAGUCGGUUACAUUUUUAACUCAGUGUGCUACAGUUGUAAAAUAUGAUUAGAUAUAUAUUAUACUGAAUUUUUAACACUCUUCAGGUUUGCUAUGCUUGUAUAUGAAUGCAGACUAGAGAUUCAAUUCAAGAAAGUUCUGAAGGUGUGAAUUAUUAACAACAUUCCAAAGCUUGCUUCCCCACUAAUGGAAUGUGUUGAUGUGCAGAAUAUAUGCACAGAACAGACUUUACAGCAUCUUUAAAGGCAGUUUAGUUUUAUAAAGAACAUUUUAUUUUAAACCGUUUUGCAAAGCAUUUGUGGUUGAAUUUACCUUAAAUUGAAGCUUAUAUUACAUUAAUAACAUACCUAACAUAUAUAUGUUGGGAAAUUGAUAAUUUGGUAAUUAAAAGUGAUAUUUUUAGGCGAUUUUUCAUUUGUAAGAAUAUUCUUAAAAAAUUAUCGUGUUAGCAUGACAACUACUUUAGAUAUUCCAUGUUCGGAAAAUACAAUGGUUUUGUCAGCAAGCGAGGGUUUCUGCAUGCAUGUAUUUUCUAGUAGUGGGAUAAUACACUCUAUUUGAGAGUAAUUUCUACCUUAUAAUUAAUUACUACAACCAUAUGGGUAAAAUUUACUCUUAAAAAGGGUAACUUUUACCCCUCAAAAUUUACUGUGUAGGCUUAUGAAAUGUAAAUCCAAUCCACAAAGCAUUUGGGAAGAGCUAGUAGACGACGUUAAGUUAGAUAAUCAAGGCAAUAAAGUAUUAAGAGUGGAAUUCUGAAGUACAACAAGUUGCCAGAGGUAUAUAAUGAAGAUGUUUUAGAAUAAGUUUGUGCAUUACAGUUGACAGGAACAGCUAAUUCUGAGUGGAAAUGAAACCGUUUUAUUGUCUUGGUAGCUAUGAUAUUAAAAAAUGACAGAAUGGCAUUACGGUUGAUUAGUGAUGAAAUGUCCCUCAAGCCUUGAGAGGUUUACAUUUAAUCGCUAAUGGCCCUGAAUGCCAUGCUAUUACAGCAAUUAAGUCAAUAAAGAUCUCUUGCUCAUUUACUGAACACUUAUCAAAUUCUUUAUUGCUUUCAUAGGAAGACUUGCGAUCUGAGUCCAAAACAAGCUUGACCAAUGAAGAGGAGUGCUUUCUCAUGUGUGAACAUUUACAUCAGGUGCAAAUUAUAGAAGGUCUUGGAGAUUCUUCAGCUACAGCAAUUGGUACUGUUGUCACAUACCAAAAUAUGUAUUGUUCAUACACAAACAAGCUGAAGGAUGUCUUUGCCAUCCAGAACAAAAUAGCUGAAUUAGAAAAGAAUUUUGGACAUCAGUUUGAUCAGCAAAGAAUUUUGGAGAAAGGAAAGAAACUUCUAGCCCAACGAACUCUCGAAUCACUACAAACAAAGAUUGAAAUGUUACAAAUGUACUUCUCUGUUCUUAAGAAGACAUCAAAUAUUUCUAAAUUAGCUGGUGAGAUUUCUUUAAGUAAAUUUCUUUUAGAUCUAGCUCAAACCUCAUUGUUAUCAAGUGCAUGACCUAAACUCAUUCUCUGAGCUCAUUUCCAUUAGGUUCAGCAAAUUAAAAAUUUGACGUUUGAAAUGGGAAAUUUAAAAAAAAAAUUGUUUCUGUUACUCAUUUUAGAUACAUCAAUACAAAGAACUAAACUGCAUAGAAAGAUAAUCUCUGAAAGAAAGCAAAUGAAAAGCCUGCUUGCUCAGUACUGCGAGCUGCAGGGUGGUUACUCAAGUAUUGCCUGUUGUUCUUCAGCCAUCAUUGAUGGAAACUUCCCUUGGAUAGAGAAUUCUAGAACUCUCCUCGUCCGGUAAGAAUAUCAAGACCUGACUGCAAUGUCUCCCCACUCCUUGCUGUAAACAGUGACCAGUCCCUAGAACACUAGGCAAUGGUAGUUGAAAUAUACAUGAUCACCGAGAGAUGGAAAGAAGAAAUAGAGCUAAUAAAAAAUGAGAUGGAACGUUUCCUGAAUUUUUACUCCAUGCAAGUUUACAAAACUCUUAGCGAUGAAAUCCUUGCAAUCAACCAACAAAGUGACAGCAUUUCCACCGCAUGUACGUACAUAAAAAAUAUAAGGAAAACUCUACAAAAAACAGUCCCCAGCAACAAAUAAUAAUAGGAAAGUAGGGAUUUUGGAAUUGUGAAAUUGGGUUGUGUACAGUAUAACAAAUUUGACUGAUGCAAUUACAGCACAUAUAUGUUUUUGCUUGCUACUCUGAUUUUAAGUAAAUUAAUACAAAGCUUGGGCAAUUUAAUCUGGAUUUGCAUUCAUUUAUUUAUAGCUAAAAACAUGUCUGAUAUUAAACCUGGUUUCUGUGAAUGAAUAAACUUAAUUAAAGGAUGUCGCAAGACUUUCGGUUUACACUUUCCGAAAGUCGAACAACAUCCCAAGUGCAUGGAUCAUGCCAUCCUGCUUGAAAAACCAUUUGGCAAUUGUUUUAUAAAAUAACUACAGUGAAACAAUAGCAUUUUGAGAAUCCUGCAAAAAUCCUGCGAAAGCAUUUUAAUUCCUUGUGCAGGAUAGCCUGAUCCUGCACAGCUAUUGACCAAUCAAAUUGCAUGUUUCACUGUAGUUAUUAUAUAAUGUUUAUUAACACAUGCUUAUCAAUUUACGGCCUUAAUUAUUUUUUUCAGAUGAUGGUCAGUGCCAUCCAGAUUUACGGAAUGAUGAACAGGAUUUGAAUUCAAUAAACAACGUAAGCUUUAUACCAAUGAAAUUGACGAAAUUUUUACAAAACAUUAAAACGUUGUUUUGUUUCUUGGAGAUUAUACAUGCGGUAUAUAUAAUUAUUCAAAUUAUUCAAAAAUGAAGCAGCCAAUACUAUACUUGCGAUAACGUUGGUGUUGUUUUGUGUGUUCACAUAAAAGUAUUGAAAAGGAAAAUGUGACAGCUGUGAACUCGUAGCAUUUUAGCACAGCUGCCAUCUUGGAUUAUUGAGGAUAUGUAUGAUACGUCACAAGUGGGGUCACACAAGUUUUUUUAUCUUGAAAGCCCACUACUAGCCCAGUGAUAAUAUGAACCAGAAACAAUUUUGAUUGCUAAUUCAAAUUUUGAAUUGAAUAAAAACAAUUUAAACAACUUUUGAUUGUUACUCUGUAACUUAGAAGUAAUUUUAUAAAGCUAACCCCACUCCUGACGUCAUGAAAACGACAGUUAAUGAGGUCAAGAAUUAAUCCAAGAUGGUGGACAGGUCAUUGCUUUCAGUCAAAAUAUUUCAAGAGUUAAGCUUGAUAUGAAAAAUCUGUAAUAAAAUUUUAUAGAUAAUUUUAAACGUUCUUUGUAUUGAGAUAAUAAAAUUUUUUGUUGCCAUUGCCUUUAAUAUUCAUAAAUGGAAGCCAAAUAAAAAGUCUCUUAUGUUCAUGUAAAUGGACAAUUCCCAUGCAUUAUAGACUAAUUUUAGAAUUAGGCAAAGAGAUCCAAAUCAAGGCCGGAUUUUGGUGAAAAUAGUGGGGGAGGUGGAAAAAAUGUUAGGGGAGGCGCAGUGGUCUAGCUCACAACCCCCAUGGAAAGUUCGGGCUUAUUGUAGAACAGGCCAAUAUCAACAAGGUGAGGUAUGCAUGUAGUGUACAUAUGUACCAGUGUAUUAAUGAAUUAUGAAUGUAUGACUCCAAUCUUGCCAUAAUCAUUACCCAGACUGAAAAGUUUGGUCUGCGCGGGGAACGCGUUCCCCGCGCAGCAUUCCUUAUCUUGAUUUCUCUCUGCGCAUUUUGAAGAGUUAUGUUAAAAUCUGCGCAGAUUAUUUGCAAAUAUCAAUCCGUUCCCCGCACAUUUUUAAAUUUGUCAACUUAUUCUUAGUUCUGUCUGAAUACAGUGAACAGAAAUGACAGAAUGUCAGAAACAUUUGUUUUGAAUUUUCUUUUAUAAUUAUAUCUGCAAAUUCACACGCACGUGCACCGAUUAAUUAAGUUUUUGCUUAUAUAAAGUACUUCCGGUUUUAUCAAAAUGGUGAAAAUAGAGCCUCGCGAAAAUUCGAAAUAUUACUACUGAUGCCACAAAAAGCAAUACUUUACACGCUAAAUUGGUGACCUCAAUGGCAUAGAUUUCAGACUGAAUCGUUGUGACGUUGUUUUGGGAUGGAGUUAUCGGAUAAAGAAAGUAAGUUCAUUUGCUUAUUUUUUUAAGGUUUGAAAUGUGUAACUUGUAAAGGUGCCACUAGUGGAGCUCAUACUUGUAGGAUAUGUCAGAAACCUUGUCACACAAUAAACACUUGUGCCUCGAGUCAGUCGAGCGAGGACCAAGAGGAAGGUUUUGGCUCAAAAGUCCUCUGUUUGGGAUGUGCAGCAGCAGCAGGUAAUGCAGGUAACAUUUACUAUAUAAUCAAUUUAAGCAAAGCUAUAAAUUGCAGUUAAUGGAGUAAUAUAUGUUCUAGAAGACUCUAUCUGCCCGAGGGUGUUUUCAGUCUGCCAACGCAUCUGCGUCACAACAAUUAAUCCGUACAAGGUACGGACAAGGUCCAAGGACCUUGGCAGAACAAGGGAACCGUUUUCUAGUCCUGUUAAUAUUACAAAAUAUCAGAUAAAUAUUGAACUUUGGCUUCUAAGCAUGUGAACAACUGAUGCAAACUUGGGAUUAACCAAUCAGAAAUUAUCCCGAACGUUUUUUCCUUCACGUGCAUACGUACAAUGGCUCCCCUCUUUGCGCAAGGACUUUUGAUCGCAGUUUCGACGGGCACUGCUCAUUCGCAAGACUUUAGCCAGUGCGUUAACAUAUCUGGCAAAAUUGUUGGCUAAUAAUUUAAGGAACCAAACCUUGGCAAAGAAGUGGAAAUUUAAAAAGAGCACUUCUCUGCCCAAAAUAUAUGCCACAAAAAAUGUGUUUCAUGUUAUUGUUGUCUCGCUUAGUUGCCAGUUGUUCGAUUUUAACUAUCUGUCUCUUUCCAACAUAUUCAACUUCAUUAAAUUACAUUUUAAACAUAUGCAGUAUCAUUUUCAUAAAAGUUCAUAUAUGAAUAUCAACUAAGAGUCUAUUGUAGUAUCUCUGAACAAGUGGACUACAGAGUCUGAGGGUCAGUCGGCCAGAGACUUCCAAAUUCCAAUGUACUGCCAUAUAGUACCAUAGGCAUAGUCCAUAGAUUACACUAAUCUGCAAUAAGCCAAUGACACUCCUAAAAGCCAUGAAGCCAACAUGAAUCUUUGUUAGCACUUACUCACUUAGCAGACGUGGGACUCAGGCCUGAAGUGCAUAAAAAAUGAAGUACAUACAGUAGCAUACAAAUUCCAUAAAACAAACUCACCAACUUGGCAGUAGAUGAGUGGAAUACAAAAUAUUGCAAAUACAAUUAGGUAUCAUAACAGCAUAACUUUUCUUACCACUGUAUUACUGCAGAUGUACAUACAUGUUGAUUUAAUUUUGUAUUUCUAUCAUUCUAUGUCAUUUCAAUUAUGUUUAUCUAUUUAUAGAUCACAGGAGUGAUGAAAAUGUUACUAAGUCGUCUUCGAAUAGUAAUUCAAGUUCAAACGGUGAGUAGUUCAAAACAUUCAUAUUUCACACAUCCCUGACAAUAAAUUUCCCUGACUUCUAAACAUAUCAAGGAUAGUGUUUUGGAAAAACAUGAAAAAUAUAUGUCUUAUAGCCUUCUAAAUCCAGUUUGAAGUGAUUUAAUAAUAUGUACUUGUUCAAUAUUUUUUGUAGCAUUCCAGUUGUUAAUGAAAUCCAAGCAGUCAUCUGUGACCAAAAGCAUUAAAAGACCAAAAGCUGGGCAUGGAAAGACACCAUCUGCAAUAUGUCUUCUUUGCUUCAAACAAUAUCAGAAGGAUAAAAAAAAGAACUUUAAAUUUGCAAGGUUUAAUGAUUCUAGCAUGCAUGACCACAUGAAAUUUCACGACUGUUCAGCUGACUUUAUUAGUAUUGAAGACCCAAGAGCAGCAGAAGCAGUGAUGGCUAUGAAGGAAUUUGAAGCUGUAGAAAGCAGGUUAGUGUAUCAAAUUAAUAUAUUUUGACCUUCUAUACUCCUUUUUCCUCCCAAAGUAUGUGGGACGUGAUCAUAAAUGAACAAUUCUAGUUACAGUACAUGUUAUUUAGAUUAUUAGAUAUAAGUGAUAUAUUGAAUGAAUUUCAUUGUGGUGAUGUAAUCGGGUUGAUUGGCUGCACAUUAGGCUAUACAAGGUUUAUUAAUUUUUAUAGUAUAUCACUAAACUAUAGGCUCCCACUCACUAGAGUAGCAAUGAAGAUUGAAGCAAUGAAUAGAAUUGAAAACAAAUUUUAUGAAAUUAAUGUAAUUAAAUUCUUAAAUCUAUUUUAGAAUGAUAAAUUCUUCAAGAACCAAAAAGCCAAAGUUGCAACCUGACAUUGCACCAAAAGUUCACUCAGAUAGUUCAUGCAAUAAGAACCAACGAUUGCCAUCAGAUAUCGAGAAGGAAAAAGGUAUUCCGAACAAUGAAACAGAGCAAGUUUUAAAGACGAAAUCUUCACUUUCUGGAUUAGAUUUUGACAUGGAUGUUGAGAAGAGUUUAUUAACUGAGCCAGUUAGAAGUUGUGAAGGUCCCCAUCUUGAAGGGAAUGCGACCGAAUACAUGCCUGCAGGCAAAAGUGGGCAACAAAACAUCCUUGGCUACGUUUUUUUUCGGUAAAAUCUGCAACUCAUGAUAAAGCAACACUGGAUUACAUUGCAGACAGAAUAAGCGAAAAGAUUGGUGAAAGACUUUCGAACACUAAAGAAAUCACAGAAAAACAUGUAACAAAUGCAAAUGAAAAUGACAAAGACGAAACUCGAACAUCCUUAGCAAGCAAUUUGGAUGAUUUCUUGUCUGAAGAGCCGGAUAUGGAGCUGAUUGGAGAGAAUGAUACCUGGGUUUUACGGUGUAAGAUCUGUCACUUGUAUCUCAGCAACCCCAUUGCGUCAUCAGCCCUUAAACACAAGCCUACCGGAGAUUCAUUGGCGACAGGGAUAACAAUGUCAGCUGCAGAGUAUUUAAAGCACUGCCAAGGCAGCUGCGGUGAAUGGCGCAGAUUAAAGCACAGGAUGCUGACACAUUUAUCUGGCUCAACAAAGACGCAUCAGAACGCCUCAAAGUAUGCGAAAGAACAAGCAGUGCUGAAAAAUCGGCAGAGAAUUGCCAUUAGAAAUCAGCUCAGAACUGCUAUUGGAGUAGUUCAAACCAAGUGUGCAGCGGUUCACUACGAAACCAAGAUAGCGGAGCUUCACCAGGCAGGUGCCGAUAUAGGAGACUUUGGGCACUCAAGAAUGCUAUUUCCUCAAAUGAUUGAUGUUGCGUGUCAUUUCAUUGAUCAAGAGACAAAGGAAUACUUGCUUACCAAUCUUCCAAAUACUGGCCUUCCGCCACAUUAUUAUGUCAGUGCUGACAAAUCGACCAAUCAUCGAGUUUCGAACCAGGUGACAAUGGUGUGUCCAGUUAUAGAAGGAAAGAAGACAGCGAUUCCAAUGGGGAUUAACCCUGUUUAUAGCAAGUCGGAUGGAAGUGGUCGCAAAGGAGAGGAGCUGGCAGAAGCAAUAUUCAAAGAUCUAAAAAACCACCUUGGUGUCGAAGGAGAGAGUUUGCUUCAAAUGCAAGGAAAAGUUACCGAUGGACAGUACAUCAACGUUCCAUUUGUCACCAGCAUGAAUAAACCAGUAUUUGACGUUCUUUAUUCUGCAGGCUUAAGCAAACAAGAAUUGGCCGUUUUACUAGAGAAUAAAUGGUGGGAAUGUCAUUGGGACCCAAGUCACUUGCUCGACCUGGUCUUCACCAAGUUUGAAGAGGACAGUUUUGUCAAGCGCGUUCUUGGAAGAGUUUCCCUUUUCCACCAAGUCUUUCGCCAUGGCAAAAUGUAUGCCAUUGCAAAAGAAACAGCCAAGGAACUAAAUCUACCAUUCCGAGUAACUAAUGCGUAUGCGCCGCAAAGAUUCAUGAGCAGCAGUUAUCUUAGCCUCAAACGCCUAGAAAUCAGUUAUGAAGCCUAUGUGGAAACAUUUCGAGAUCAUCGUGAUGAAAAAGAGAUGCGCUACAAACUUUGCGGGGCUGAUUUCGUAUUUGAUUUGUGUGGUCUUUUAGAUCUUCUGUGGCCAAUUGUUAUCCUCAUGCUCACAGCACAACUUCAGUGGUGUCCAGGUUGGAAAUUUCCAGCUUAUGUGAAAGCAGCCAUCGCCCAAAUAGAGCUAUUUUCUUCCGAGGUUCUGAAGCCGAACCCAAGCAAGAAAGCUAGUCCAAGGCUUAACAAGCAUGCCAAAGAUAUUCGUAGAAACAGAUUCAAGUCUGUUGAACUUGAACCAGGGUGGAUCAUCGUCGGACGGGAGGCAAAUGGUGACUUUAAAUGGAUCGCCAGAGAUAUAGAAGAUUGCCAGAAAGACCUUAAAGAGCUUGCAGACGGAAUCAAGAGAUAA